GUAGGAUAAUAGAAAGCGGAAAAAGAGGUACGGAGUUUUGAAGCGUAACCGACGUUUUGAUCUGCAGGGAAAACAGUUAGCUGUGGUCGCUCAUCCUACUACCAUUGUCACUACUAGUUUUAUUCGCUGCUUCUUUGGCGCGGAGUGGGGAGGGGGGCACGAGCACGGGACAGGAAUGUGCGGGCUACUAAGCGACUCCAGCCGAACAUCGCUCCUCAUCACACACCUCACAAUUCUCCCCCACUGCUUCCCCGCGUUUCACGAGUGCGCCUACCGGCUUAUCAGUUCUCUCGGAACUUGUCGUCGUCGCGCGUUCCCUCCUUUCGAGUUUCGUGCUUCCGCGUUGCAAUUUGGGCACCGCACCGCUUGAAGUGCCGUCAUCAUGGUAGCCGGCACAAAGAGGGGGUUGCUUCUCUUCGGCUUUCACACCUUUGCUGUCCACCUGCUCGCAGCUGUGUUCAUGUCCUUCUUCGUCGAGUAUUACGUCCACGAACGCCUUCUCAUUGUAAAUGUGCGACCUGUCAAGGCCAAGGACCGCCAUGAUGAGGUACAAGCGCACCUGUCGACGUGGGGCCUGCUGCUUUUCGUCAUUGCACAGACGGCCUACGCCGUAGUCACCUCCCUUCACCGUUUUGGCCUGCUGAGUCUUGUGACGACGGCUUUCCCCAGCAGCCGUGUGCUGCCGGUGCUGCUGCGCAGGCUCUCCUGCGAGCAAUGCUUUGCGCUUUUGUUUGGGCUGUCGUGGUGGCUGCUGCGCUUCCCGCUGUUGCCCUCCGCAGUUUCCUUCACGUGCCUCUUUGCUGCGUUGAGCGCACUCGCUGAGGGAUGUUCUGCGUUCACGGCGCAGGCGGCACGUGAGAUGGCGCAGCAGCGACCCAAGGAGGGGGAGUGGAUCGCCUGGGUUGCUCGCCUGGCGGCGGCAAGUGUUGCGGCGGUCGUGUUUGCAGCGGCACUGCUGUACGACGGCGCUGUGCCGAGGAGCGGCCGCUUGGGCGGCUUCCACUGGCUUGUGCUGAUGAUGAGUGUCGGCGCCUUAGGCGUUUUUAGUGGGCUGCAGCAUGUGCGGCGCCGCGCCCAUGCAGCGGAGAGCUCCUCCCCUUCUUCGGUGCGUGAAGAUGCCGAGCACCCCUGGUCUCCUCCCUCUUCGCUCACGAGCGCCGACGCAUCAUCCGCAGAGUUUCACGCCUUUGCGCGUCAAACGUGUCAGCGUCGCUCCAUGAAGGCACUUUUGGCGGUGCGGGCCCUGCACUGCUACGCACACUCGUUUGUUCUUUACUUCGCCCAUCUCGUGCUCACGCUGGGGUGUGGACUACAGCUGUCCGCCGCCAUACGAGCCGCGAUCCUGGGCGUCGUCAUCGCCGCGUCGUCGCUGCUCAGUCCAAUGGGGGCGGUGGUGUGCGCGGUGUUGGGCAAGAAGCGCGGCCUGUCGAUGGGCUUCGCUGUCGUGGCGAUGUUGGGUGCCGCCUCGCUGCUUCUCGCCUACCUGACGCGAGACACCGACACCGCGGAAGCCGCCGGCCCUCGCGUCAUCGAGCCGAAACCGAAGAACUUCCUUGUGGAGGUGUCUACGGCUGGCACGGCGUGGUGCGCGAUAAUGGUGGCCUUGCAGCGCCUCGUCUUGGACGCGCUGCGUGACAUGUUGGACCUGGCACAGGAGGAUGUAGUGGAGGAGGAUGCCAUUCUGUUUGGACGCGCCUCUUCGAUGACCACGUGCACGAAACAGCUGACGUCGGUGGGCAACGUUCCCAUGCAGUCGCUGUCGUUUGCGAUGGUCCUGUUGUUUCUUGCGGCAUCGCGUGCAUUUCGGGUGGUGCCGGCGUUCGCUCAUGUCGCAACAUCGACGCCGCCGUUAACCAACUCUUCUCGUGUUGUCACUCCCGCACCGCCUACCUUGAUGCCGUCGUAUGUAGUGGCCAACGGCUCGACCAUGCUCGCCUUGCUGGGGCUGCAGACGUGCGGGGUGGCGGUGGCGAUGUGCGUCGUGUGGCAGAGGUUCUACAACCUAGACGGCAAACAUCUGCAAUUUGUGCAGAUGGCGACACGGAAGCGCAGUGAUGAGCAGGCGACGACUCUUGUGUAG